AAGCCCAGCGGACAGGUGCACCGUUUCGGGGACCGCGGCGGCAUGACCGGCCACCACGGCUGGGGCUACGGCCAGGAGGACGGCCCCUCACAGUGGCACCAGCUGUAUCCCAUUGCUCAGGGCGACCGACAGUCACCCAUCAACAUCGUGUCUAGCCAGGCUGUGUACUCACCCAGCCUGCGGCCCCUGGAGCUCUCCUAUGAGGCCUGCACGUCCCUCAGCAUCACCAACAACGGCCACUCGGUCCAGGUGGACUUCAAGGACUGCGAUGACCGCACCGUGGUGACCGGGGGCCCCCUGGAUGGGCCCUACCGACUCAAGCAGCUCCACUUCCACUGGGGCAAGAAGCAUGGUGCAGGCUCUGAACACACGGUGGACGGCAAGUCCUUCCCCAGCGAGCUACACCUGGUUCAUUGGAAUGCCAAGAAAUACAGCACCUUUGGGGAGGCGGCCUCGGCACCUGAUGGCCUGGCUGUGGUUGGGGUCUUCUUGGAGACAGGGGACGAGCACCCCAGUAUGAACCGCCUGACAGACGCGCUCUACAUGGUCCGCUUUAAGGGCACCAAGGCCCAGUUCAGCUGCUUCAACCCCAAGUGCCUCCUGCCUACCAGCCGGCACUACUGGACCUAUCCCGGCUCCCUGACGACACCCCCGCUGAGCGAGAGCGUCACCUGGAUCGUGCUCCGGGAGCCCAUCCUCGUCUCUGAAAGGCAGAUGGAGAAGUUCCGGAGCCUGCUUUUCAGCUCAGAGGAUGAUGAGAGGAUCCACAUGGUGAACAACUUCCGGCCACCACAGCCACUGAAGGGCAGGGUGGUCAAGGCCUCCUUCCAGGCCUGAGCGACCCACCUGCCCCACCGGCCAUUCGGGCACCAUUUUUCCCCCCCAAGGGCUUCCAUGUCAGCAGACACCAAACCAUCUAGGCUCCUGCCUGGGGGUGCUGUGGACCCUCUCAAGCCAGCUUGCUCCUUGGCCCCCCCUGGAAAUGCUUGAGGGGGCCUUCAAGUCAAGGGCUCCCUUCCAACGGUCCUGGAGACAGGAGCUGAGUGAGGUCCAAACCCAGGGGGCUGCCUCCACUCUCCAAGAUCCCAAGUCCUCUGGAACAUUCUCUUGUCUUCCCCACUGGCAGUGGCAACAGUCUCCCCAUCCCACCCCACCUUCAGCCACACACCCCAGCCUACACUGUGAUGGACAAGCCUGUACUCCCGGGGGAGGCAGCUGGCACUGCCAGAAAGACUUAAGCAAUAAUCGGAGGUGGGCAGAGCCGCCCCCUCACCAUUACCUCUUCGGCAGGCCCCUCCGCCAUGCACACACCUCACUGCCAGGCCAUUAAGAUCUGGGCCCAGCGGCUGGAGGUGACAUGGCCUUCUUCCUCUGGCUACCUGGUCGUGCCAGGAAGGCCUGGCUCCAGCUUAUGCAGUUCCUCCCUCGUCCCCUGCCCAGCCACCAUUUCUGUGUCGGGCCAUCCCAUACCUUAAUGAAUAAAUUGACUCAUUCACAAAACAA